AUGCCUCUCCUUGAGCAGCUCCAAGCCUACAAGGUCACAGCUUACAACACUAGGCACCAAGAGGAAGGAAAGCUUAGUGUUGGAGGGGUGAUCACACCAAUUCUUUGUGCAGCAGGAGUUCAAGUGGACAAGAGAAGGUCUACUCCACCAGGUUGGAUGGACAUCAAGUUUUGCAAGACCAACCUUCUCAUUGAGCACAAGGAGUUGGAUGGGAGUUCCAAUUCAAGUUCACCAUCCUUGGCUGGACCCUCCAAGCUUCUUCUGCCCAACCCUGAGCUCACCACGGAGAGUGCUGAUUGGGUGAGCCUGAGUGCUACUACGAUGAAGAAGAGGAGGAAGAGGAGCCACAAGCUCGAUCGAGUGAGCCGCAAGAGGCAACCCCAGUUGCAUGGAGCGCUCCUGAUGGCCGUCUACCAUCUCCAGACCACGACCUAG